UUUCUUUUUAAAAUAGAAUAGUCAUUCCACCAAAAUGGUAGAAACAACAUUACAUUAGAAUUCUAAUUCUUUAAAAUGCAACCAAACAAAAGAAUAGAAUAAAAAUUGAUUCAUUUCCAUUCCACUUCAUUACCUCCAACCAAACGCCACCUUAGCUCAACUAUGUCUAGAAAUUCACAGAUAUUGGUACCAAGGAUACUCUAAUGAGCAAAGCAGAAGCAUGUAAUUAUGGAUUGGUAGUGGAUCAUAAAGGAAAUUGACUAUCAAUAACAUGUUAUCAAGAUAGACUAUACAGACCAAUAUGAAUUUAUCAAAACCACAUACAUAAAUUAUGAGAAAGAGCAAGAAUAUAUGUACCCAAAUGUGUGUGAAGAACGCUGUGAUGAUAAAAAGCUGCAUCAUUUUCAUUCUUUCCAAUUAUAAGGAGCUCGAUCUACAACUAAAUAGUCUCCCCUAAUAUCUUUGACAACACGAAUCUCAUCAUCCAAAUACACAGUGUCAAACCAGCCCUGUCCAAAUGGGGGCAACGGAAUCUCCCAAUUUUCUCCACGCAAAACCGCACUCGUGAAUCUAAAAUUCACUCUCUGCUUAGAAGAAGCACCGAUUUCAAUAUUGGAUCGAACAAAGAAAACUCCAUGAGGAGGAAAAGUAAUGACGUUGUUGAGGACCUUCUUCUCGACGUCGAUUACCUGCAAUACGUCUCCGGCUUGGGUACCAAACAAGUAGGCUUUCUCGAUAAUGAAAAGCUGUUCUUUCUCCGUGGUCCAGAGCAGCCGCCAAGUCGCGGAGAGCGAACUCCCGGUGGUAACGGUGUCAGUUCCGAGAGAAGCUAAGGCGUCGAUUGCUUUGACGAUUGCGGCUCGCUUUGUUGAGUUGGUCUGGGUCUUUACGCCUCGUUCUUGAUCGGAGAUGAGGUUGAGAAGGUGUUGCUUUGCGUGAGUUGCAAGGGAGGAGCAGGUGAUCUUAGGGGUGUAAGAGUUGGUGAGUUUUCGGGGUUUGCAGGGAAUGGUUGGAAGGAGGAAGAAGAAGGACGCAGCCAUGGGAGUAAGAGUGUUGAGUAAUCUUCUACAGUUGGAGAGUGACUCUCAAGAAAUUAACAAUUUGUGUGGAUGGAAAUUUUUAUCAUAAAUUUGUCACAAAAAAUAUUUAUGUUUUUUUUUAUACAAAAAAAAAAAAGGUUAAAUGUUAAAUUUAGAAAAAUUCUAUUUGCAAUCUACAAUUAAAAUUUGUCAAUGUGAAAAUUCAUUAAUUGGUUUCACAAAGAGUAUUUCGACAACUAUAAAUGGUGUCUAAUAUCUAAGUUUCAAAAUUGUAUCUAAUAUCUAUCGAUCCAUCUUUUUAUGUCAUUAUUGAAAAUUGUAAAAGCAAGACUUUAUUGCCAACAACAACUAAACCAAGACAUCACUAGCUAUAAUAAUAAUAAUAAUAAUUUCAAAGUUAAAAAACCCUCCAAAAAGGAAACAAUAAAUCAAAAUCAAACGUUACAAAAAGCAAAGUAAAGCAUCUUUCUCUCUCUACCCUUUCCCUAGAAAUUAAAAAACAUGUUUAUAAACAAAAGAAAGACCAAAGUAUAAUCAACUCAACAAUCUCUUUCUCUCAUCAUAAUAAACCCUACAAUUACAUUACAAAUUACAAUACAAAUCCAAACGAAAAAAUCAUGGAUGAAUCUGAAGAAUACCCAAAAUCUUACUCAAUCGGCAAUCAGAGAGCGAUGUCGAUGUCAUCCUCAUCAUCAUCAUCGACGACGAGCGUCCACGUCACAGCUCUAGACGGUCUAGUCAACGUGAACUCACUCUUCACCAUCGCCGUCUUCGUCGGUCUCUCUCUAACCACGCCGGGACAACAGAGCUUGGAGAAUCGAGCUUGCGACGCCGGAAUCGAUGUAGCCAAGAAGCUUUUGGUAUUCGAAGUUGUUUCGUUUAGCUUCUUCCUCUUCUCAUCGCUGGUCGCCCAAGGUCUUAAGCUGGCCAUUAAUUUGCUGAACAGUAAAGACGUAGAUGAGGUUUUCAAAGCUCACAUCAAUCUGAAGGUGCUUAGAUUUGGUAUGAUGGGAUCAGCGGUUGGAUCUGUUAUGGGAUGCGUUUUCUUGAUGUUGUCAAUGGUGAAUGUGAUCGAGAUUAGGUUAGGUAUGCUUUCGUGCGGUAGUAAAUCUGCGGUUCAUGCGGUGACGACAUUGUUGGUUUUGGUAUCUUCUGCUCUAAUCUUUUAUCUUUCUACUGCAAUCUAUGCUUUUAUGCAUUAAUUAGCUUAGCUUAAUUAUUCUCUUUUUAUUUAAUUAAACUUCUUAAUCAGAGCUCUUGAUCAAUCUUGUUAAAUAUCGUUAAAACAAAAAGAAAAUGUAUAUUUGUAUCUUAUUUUUAUAAAUUUUCAUUUUUGGGGUGUGUUUGAAUCAA